AUGGCGGACGCGGCGGCCUCCCCCGUGGGGAAGCGGCUCCUGCUGCUGCUGGCGGCGGGGCCGGGCGAGGGCGAAGCGGCGGGGCCGGAGCCGGGGCCUGCGCUGCCCGCGCGGGCCUGGCGGAGCGGCACCGUGCGGGCCAUGAGCGGAGCGGUGCCGCAGGACCUGGCGAUCUUUGUGGAAUUCGAUGGCUGUAACUGGAACCAACACGCCUGGGUGAAAGUCCAUGCUGAAGAAGUUAUAGUGUUGCUGCUGGAAGGAUCAUUGGUUUGGGCACCUCGAAAUGACCCAGUUAUGCUUCAGGGGACUCGAGUCUCGCUGGCACAGUGGCCUGCACUGACCUUCACUCCUCUAGUAGAUAAGCUGGGCUUGGGCUCUGUGGUCCCAGUAGAGUUUCUUCUGGACAGACAUUUACGUUUCCUGUCGGAUGCCAGUGGAUUACGUUUAUUUCAGAUGGGAACAGAGAGUCAAAAUCAGAUUCUGCAGGAACAGCCUUUGCUAAGAGAAUCUGUCAAUACACUGAUCAGCGACCAGAAGCUUCAGGAGAUUUUUAGUAGAGGUCCUUACAGUGUCCAAGGCCAAAGAGUUAAGGUUUACCAACCAGAGGAUGAAAAUAGCUGGCUCUCUGGUGUUGUGAGCCAUCAAGACCCAAUAACUCGUCUUAUGGAGGUGUCUGUGACUGAGGUAAAAAUAUGAAGCACUUUUGGUGUUCCUAAAAUACCACUCCUCAAUAUCUAUAUGUGGAGAAUGACAGCUUCACCAAAAAGUUCCCGAAAUUCACUUUUGACUUCUUCUGGAUUUGGAGUGUCUCUCCCAAGUGCUUCCCAGUCCUUGGUAUUUGGGGCUGGAAGGAGCCAAUCAAAUGGAGUGAUGACUCCAGAAAGCAAGUCUUCUGGAUUUCCUUUUGGUUGUAGUACUGGACCAGAGGCUCAGAAAGAUUCUGAUCCAUCCAAGAACUUGUUUUUUCAGUGCAUGUCCCAAAAUCUUCCUUCCAGUAACUAUUUCACGGUCAUUUCAGAGAGCUUGACUGAAGAUGUCUCUAGUCGGGACUCAUUCAAGCAGUGUACAGAGAGUGUGGGUUCUGGGAUCUGUAAAGGUAAAAUUCUCUCAGUGGACAGUAAACCAGGAGCCCAGUCUGGUGGUUCUGUGGAGCGGAAGCUGCCUGUGGAAUCCAUGCCUACCCUUACUCCAGCCUUUUCACGAAGUCUGUUGAAUACUCGUCCCCCAGAUAGUCAUGAGAACCUGUUUUUACAGCCCCCUAAGCUAUCACGAGAGGAACCCUCAAACCCUUUCCUGGCAUUUGCUGAGAAAGCAGAACUUAGUCCUUUCAGUGGCUUUGCAUCUUCAUCUCAGACGGGGGUUUCUGCUCCCUCCACACCUGUGGGUCACAAGGCCACUUCUGGCUGGCCGGAAUCGCUCACCUCUACAGACUCUUUAGCUAAGAAGAAAAGCUUGUUUAUAACAACUGACUCCUCAAAGAUGAUCUCCAGUGCUCCUGGUUCAACAGUAGCUGCUGGUGUUCAGAGCCCUUCCACUGUAGGGAACGGCCGUUCCAGCUCACCGACCAGCAACCUGACACAGCCUAUCGAGAUGCCCACGCUUUCCUCCAGCCCAACAGAAGAAAAACCAGCCAUUGGGCCUGGGCAGCAGGACAAUCCUCUUCUGAAAACUUUUUCUAAUGUGUUUGGCAGACAUCCAUCUAGCUUUUUCUCUUCACAGGCAGACUUUCCACAGGAGAACAAAGCUCCUUUUGAAGCUGUGAAAAGGUUCUCGCUAGAUGAGCGGAGCUUAACGUCCAAACAGGACUCUGACUCCAGUACAAAUAGUGACCUGUCAGAUUUGAGUGACUCUGAAGACCAAUUGCAGGUCAAAGCUUGUAUGAAGGGUAUCCCAGACCACUUGAUGGCAAAGCUGGGCCCCAAUGCGGAGCGCAAUGCGGAACUGCUGCUGUGUAAAGGAAAGGGGAAGCAAUCCCCAAAGGGCCGGCCCCGCACAGCUCCCCUAAAAGUUGGCCAGUCUGUGCUGAAAGAUAUGAGUAAGGUGAGGAAGCUGAAGCAGUCAGGGGAGCCUUUUCUCCAGGAUGGCUCUUGCAUCAAUGUAGCUCCACAUCUGCACAAGUGUCGGGAGUGCCGUCUGGAGCGCUACCGCAAAUUUAAGGAGCAAGAGCAGGAUGACUCAACUGUGGCCUGUCGCUUCUUCCACUUCCGGAGGCUGGUAUUUACCCGGAAAGGGAUCCUGCGAGUAGAGGGUUUCUUGAACCCACAGCAAAGUGACCCAGAUGCCAUGAGCCUAUGGAUUCCUUCCUCCUCCCCUGCGGAAGGGAUAGAUCUGGAAACUUCCAAAUAUAUCCUGGCCAAUGUUGGGGACCAGUUCUGCCAACUUGUUAUGUCAGAGAAGGAGGCGAUGAUGAUGGUGGAGCCACAUCAGAAGGUGGCAUGGAAGCGAGCAGUACGUGGUGUGAGGGAGAUGUGUGAUGUGUGUGAGACAACACUCUUCAAUAUCCACUGGGUGUGUCGGAAGUGUGGGUUUGGGGUCUGUCUGGACUGUUACCGGCUGAGGAAGAGCCGUCCACGCAGUGAGACAGAGGAGAUUGGUGAUGAGGAAGUUUUCUCAUGGCUGAAAUGUGCAAAGGGUCAAUCUCAUGAACCAGAGAAUCUUAUGCCAACACAGAUCAUCCCUGGUACAGCGCUUUACAACAUUGGAGACAUGGUUCAUGCAGCACGAGGCAAAUGGGGCAUUAAAGCCAACUGUCCGUGCAUUAACCGGCAGAACAAAUCGGUGCUGAGACCAGCUGUCACUAAUGGAAUAUCACAGCUUCCGACUGUAAAUCCCAGUGCAUCAGCCUCUGGAAACGAAAGCACCUUUUCCACUGGAGCAGGAACAGCAGGAGUGGGGCAGCUAGAAAUGGACACUGUACCAAAAUCUGAAUCAGCUGAUAGUAGGAUAGAAGAAUCUACAAAAACAGAGACAUUACCAGCUAAUAACACUGGUGAAAUAAAGACUAACAGACCACUUUGCCCGGAAACAGCUCCAUCGUCAGCUUUACACUGGCUUGCAGAUUUAGCAACGCAAAAAGCAAAAGAGGAAACAAAAGAAUCAGGAUCACUGAGAUCAGUGCUUAGUAAAGAAUCCCAUUCACCCUUUGGAUUGGAUUCCUUCAACUCCAGUACAAAGGUUUCCCCUCUAACCCCAAAGCUGUUUAAUAGCCUCUUGUUGGGCCCAGUGACAUCUAGCAACAAAACUGAAGGCUCCAGCCUCAGAGAUCUGCUACACACAGGGCCAGGAAAGCUUCCUCAGGUCCCAUCAGACGCAGGAAUCCCCUUUCCUCCAGUCUUUUCUGCAGCUUCUACGGGGGCCAAAGGUAAAGCCAGCCUGCCUAACUUCUUAGACCAUAUCAUUGCUUCUGUGGUGGAAAAUAAGAAGACAUCUGAUGCUGCAAAGCGAGCCAGUAACCUGGUUGACACCCAGAGAGAAGUGAAGGAAAUGGUAAUGGGAUUAAAUGUGCUGGAUCCACACACUUCCCACUCUUGGCUGUGUGAUGGUAGACUCCUUUGCCUUCAUGACCCCAGCAACAAAAACAACUGGAAGAUCUUCAGGGAAUGCUGGAAACAAGGCCAGCCCGUGCUGGUAUCUGGUGUCCAUAAGAAGUUGAAGUCAGAGCUUUGGAAACCAGAAGCUUUCAGCCUGGAAUUUGGAGAUCAAGAUGUAGAUUUGGUGAACUGCAGGAACUGUGCCAUAAUUUCAGACGUGAAAGUGCGUGACUUCUGGGAUGGCUUUGAGAUAAUAUCUAAACGGCUCAGGUCAGAGGAUGGUCAGCCAAUGGUACUAAAGUUAAAGGAUUGGCCUCCAGGGGAGGACUUCAGAGAUAUGAUGCCUACGAGGUUUGAGGACUUGAUGGAAAAUCUUCCUCUUCCUGAAUAUACCAAGAGAGAUGGCAGACUGAAUUUGGCUUCUAGGCUGCCAAGCUACUUCGUCCGUCCUGACUUGGGUCCCAAAAUGUACAAUGCCUAUGGCUUAAUUACUGCAGAAGACAGACGAGUUGGUACCACAAACCUGCACUUGGAUGUGUCUGAUGCUGUUAACGUCAUGGUGUACGUUGGGAUUCCCAUUGGGGAAGGAACCCAUGAUGAUGAGGUUCUGAAAACAAUCGACGAGGGAGACGCUGACGAUGUGACAAAGCAGCGAAUCCAUGAAGGAAGAGAGAAACCUGGAGCAUUGUGGCACAUCUACGCUGCCAAGGAUGCUGAAAAGAUACGGGAACUUCUCCGGAAGGUUGGAGAAGAACAAGGCCAAGAAAAUCCUCCAGAUCAUGACCCCAUUCAUGACCAAAGCUGGUACUUGGACCAGACCUUACGGAAGCGACUGUAUGAUGAGUAUGGAGUGCAAGGCUGGGCCAUAGUGCAGUUCCUUGGUGAUGCUGUGUUCAUUCCUGCAGGUGCUCCCCACCAGGUCCAUAAUUUGUACAGCUGCAUUAAAGUGGCAGAAGAUUUUGUAUCUCCAGAACACGUGAAGCACUGCUUCCGUCUGACCCAGGAGUUCAGGCACCUGUCUAAUACUCAUACAAACCAUGAGGAUAAACUGCAGGUGAAGAACAUUAUCUACCAUGCGGUGAAAGAUGCUGUUGGCACACUGAAAGCUCAUGAAUCCAAACUAGCUAGAUCGUAGGAAUUGCUAAUUCCAAAUGCCCUGUCAAAGUAAGCCUUUUGCUCACGGUAUCUACAGGGACUGCACACGACUGCCUCUGCAGGAGCAGAGGCUUCUCACUGAGAGCUGGUGUGGUCAGUAUUACACACACUCUUCAGCCACUGUUUCCUACGCUGCCUCAACACUGAAGGUCUAACGGAAGGUUGCACUGUUAACAUGCAGAAUUCCAGAUUCUAAAAGGUGCCAUGUCCCUUUCCUGUGGCCUUUUGCAAACUGGGAGAACAUGGAAACCACUUGGGUGUUCCGGCAUAUUAUGAUUAGAAAUGGUAUAAAGAGUGUGGAUGUUUUUUCCCUCAUGCCUAGUUAGUCUCCACAGAGUUAGACGGAACGUGCUGGAGGUGGGUUGUCCUGCUGCAGACUUAGUUUAGCUGCUGAAAGAGUGUGACCAACAGCAGCCCAACUGCAGAAAUUCAAGCAAACUUCCCAUGUGAGAUACAGGCCAAGGAAAAGGAUGAAGCUAUUCUCCGCACUCCCCUUCUUGUAGCCGUUUCUCUAUACACUGUAGAGUUGCAGAACUAAAGGGAGAACCCACUUUUUUUUCCCCCUGGGAGACUCCAGAGAUAAGAGAAUUGUGUAUUUAGUGAAAAAAUAGGUUUGUAGUGAAACAGUUAAUAUUUCAUGAAAGUAGAUAUUUUUAGUAUUUUUGAAGUACCACAAUUGUUCCUGGAUUUUCAAGGAAAGGCGCAUUACAUUUAGUCUUCCUUUCAAUAAAAUCAAGAAGUGAUUUUUAGAAAGCAGUCCAAAAUAGCACAAAAACAGCCAAAGGAGAAUUGAAUAGAAAUUGACAUCCCACCUCCCUUGCCCAUAUUACCUCACCUGUCUUCCCCCCUCUCUCUAUGCCACCCUGCUUCCUCAGAAUGAGAAGUAAAAAGGAGUAUAAACUCUGUUCUCAUGUGGAGAUGUUGUACAUCUCUCCCUGCACUGGUGACUGCAGGCAAUAGUUCACCCAAUACCAGUGCUAGCUGAAAACAUCUAUCCUUUCCAAAGUGAAGGAAAAGUUAACUUUCAGUGUCAACUUUGUCCAGAACUAUUUUAAGUAAAAUGUUCCUGCUUGAUAGAACUGUAUUCAGAAUUUACUAAUGUCAGCAUUGAUGCAAUGGAUUUCAUUGUCUGGGUACAUGGGGAAAUGUAUCGACCUUAUCUCCAGCUGUACUGUAGUGCCACUUGCAGGCCUGUUAAUAUGUUCACGGUUAUUUCAUUUUUUAAAAAAUAAAAGUCAUUUACUGUAA